AUAACGCUGACAGCUGUCAAAUUCACUCUCUAACCAAGUUUGAAAUGUGAUAACAUUAAUUAAGUACAAAACUACUGUUAGGCCACAAACAAAUAUGCAUAUUUUUCCAUGAGCUAAAAUAAGCCGUAUUCUAUUGACAAAACAUGUAUUUCGACCAAUCCGGCCUGGCCGUCGUAGCCCAACCCGAAAAUCAACUAGUUGGACUCGAAUCUGAAUAUAUCCAAACUCAAUGUGUCUUAGCUGAUGGUGGAGACCGGUUUGGGGUCUCCUCUGUUACUUUUGACAAACAUGAAGAACUGUUAUGGAUGGGCAAUCAAGGCGGUCAUGUUACUUCGUAUUACACAGGUGCCAUGCAAAAGUAUACAUCCUUCCAGGUGCAUGCAACUGAAGAGAUUAGACAAAUUGUGACCUUUGAUGAAGGUAUCCUUGCACUAACGGCAAGUACGUUAAGAUGUCAAAUACGAAGAGGAAUUCCGGUGUACACUCAUAUGUCCACUCAGAUGCAAGAGAUGCAGUGCAUGUUACAAAUGUCACCAACCAGGCUCUUAAUGGGGGGACACCAGGAUAAACUCAUCGAUUUCAAUCUUAAUUUGUGCAAGGAAACCAUGUCGGUGGAUGUUGGAGAUGCGGGUUGCGUGAUGCUGAGGCCCCAUAGUAGGUUCGUGUGCGCCGGCAAUCCGCUGGGCCGGAUUGAUCUGCGCGAUCCCAACAAUCUGAAAGUGGAACACACAUUGGAAACGCACAGUGGCAGUCUGAGCGACUUCGACGUCCAGGGCAAUUUGCUGAUCACAUGCGGCUUUAGUAACAGACAUGGAAACUUGGCCGUGGACAGAUUUCUGAUGGUGUACGACCUGCGUAUGUUACGCGCCGUUUCUCCCAUGCAGACCGUUCUGGAUCCAAUGUACCUGAGAUUCAUACCAUCGAUUUCGUCUCGGCUGGCGGUUGUUUCGGCGCUUGGGCAGGUCCAACUGCUGGACACGAUCGCGCUCGCCGAACCGAAACUGUGUCUACUUCAAAUGGAGAAUCCAGGUGCAAUGUGUCUAGCUUUCGACAUUAGCUCGACUAGUCAAGCGAUCGCGUUCGGCGAUAAUUCCGGUCACAUUCACUUGUUCGGCACGACGGAAGAGCCGAUCUUUAACUCCUACUCUCGACUGACCGAACACGCUGAUCCAGUUGAACAGUAUCACAGCUUCACCAUCGACGAUUAUUCAACCCCAUUGUCUGUCAUUCCGAUGCCGAUCGUGCCUGACAUUCCCCUAGCCAGCGAUUGGCCUCCUGAAUUCAUGCAGAAUGCUUACAGAAAGCCCCAAGGAAUCGAUGCGGAGAUAGUGCGCUCGAUGAAGAUGCAGGGGCCGAUCGGUUACGCGCCUAACCCGAAAACAUCACGGAGAAACCAAGUGAUGUACGAUUUUGGGAUGAACGGCUACAGUAACCACACGCACAUCAACAAGAGCCCGAAACACCACGAAGACGACGGCACGUUCAUCGCCAUACCCAAGAGGUACCGGAAAGUAGACGUUAAAUACAACAAACUCGGCAGCGAUGAUUUCCAAUUUGAUCUCUACAACAAAACGGGCCUAACCGGACUCGAAGCCACUCUGCCCAACGCCUACUGCAACUCCAUGAUCCAGGUUUUGUACUAUACGGAGCCGUUGCGGGCGGCUUUGCUAUCACACCUGUGCAAUAAAGAGUUUUGUUUGUCGUGCGAGUUGGGUUUUCUGUUCCACAUGCUGUCAACCGCCAGCCAAAAUCAGCCUUGUCAACCUGGCAAUUUCCUUCGAGCGUUUAGGACCGUUCCUGAGGCGUCGGCCCUCGGUUUGAUACUAAGCGAUCUGCAUCCGGGAGUUAAAGUCAAAACAGAUCUGAGCGCUUUGAUACAGAGCUGGAAUCGAUUUAUGUUGCACCAGAUGCAUGUCGAGUUGGUCGAAUCGAGGAAGAGGAACGAGGAGAAGCAAAACUCGAAAAAGACGUUUGUGUAUAAGGAAACAGAUUUUCCCAGCAUUUCCAAUGAUAGAAAGAAAACUAGCACAUCAUCUAACAGUGAGGUAAUUGAGGACGAACAACAAGAAGAAGUGUCCGAGAUUAGUCAACUGUUCGGCACGAAACAAUUGCAAAAAAACACCUGUCUUAAAUGCGGUUGUGAGGUGAGGAAGGAGUCGGUGUUGUUAGCCUGCAAUUUGGUCUACCCAACCAGCGAGCCUGAUAGAGAAGAGUGGAGUUUCUGCGACAUUCUGGCUCGUUCUUUGUGUCCCCAACAAACUACACCCGCGUGGUGCGACACCUGCUCUAAGUUCGCACCCACUCUACAAACGAGGAUCAUCCAGUCGUUACCCAAAUUGUUGGCAAUCAAUACAGGGUUGCACAAUCCACAGCACAAGCAAUUCUGGCAAACACAAAUGGAUAAGGUGGUGGCAAAGAUGUCGACACUAGAGCCGAUACGGGCGGCAACACCUACGGGGCCACCGCAACCAGCAGUUCCGACACCCACGACAUCGUCCAAGCCCUGUCGUUACGGAGACAACUGCACGAGGCCGGGCUGUCGAUUCAGGCACAGUUUCGACAACGCGCCACCAUCCGCACCCCUCAACAAUCCUUAUUGUAGUAAUAACUGGUUGCCGCAUUCAAUAGAGUUGGCCCUGCGCAACGAUGAACUUAAAGUCAGGAAACUGGGCGAUAACAAAGAAAAAAACUACGAAAAAACUGAAGGAGGAAUUAAACGGCGCUACGAACUAACGACGGUCGUAUGUUACAUUAACGAUCAAGCUUCGAACGAGAAACGCAACCUGGUCGCCCUAAUAAAAGUACCUGAGUCGUACUUAACAGGAUCGGCGGCGAAUCGAUCAACCCUGGCAGCAAAUGCCGCGACUGCUGCCAAUCCUGCAAACAAUCUCUCCAAUGCAGAUCCAUCAACCAUUAAGGAUAAGUGGUAUCUCUUCAAUGAUUUUAGCAUUUGCCCGAUACCAAUGCAGGAGGCGGUUUGGUUCAGUUUGGACUGGAAGACGCCUUGCGUACUGUAUUAUAGCACUUCUGAUAUUAUUGAUGCCAACACCGACAUAUUUAAGCCUCUGACUAGGUUUUGGAAAUAUGAAUUUUGGAGGCGCAAUAAGAAAACGUUCAAGGAGGUGUUUACAGAAGAUGCUUGCAUAGCAAGGAGCGGUGGAACAGCAGGCAUCACCUUCACUCCGUUACACGACAACGAAUUACUCGCCGCUGGUGAUCUGGUGGCGAUGGACGCUGAGUUCGUGACGUUGAACCAGGAGGAGGCGGAGUUGCGUAGUGACGGCAAAAUGUCGACCAUCAAACCAUCUCAAAUGUCCGUGGCAAGAAUCACUUGCAUCAGAGGACAGGGCAGUUUGGAGGGUACUCCGUUCAUAGAUGAUUAUAUUUCGACUCAAGAACAAGUCGUAGAUUAUUUGACGAAGUUCUCGGGCAUCAAACCCGGCGACUUAGACGCCAACUUCAGCUCCAAACAUCUCACCACACUGAAGUCCACUUACACUAAACUUAGGUUCCUCCUGGACAGUGGAGUCAUUUUUGUUGGACAUGGUCUCAAAAAUGACUUCAGGGUGAUUAAUUUGGUGGUACCACCUGAACAAGUGGCUGAUACUGUCCUACUGUUUCAUCUGCCACACCACAGAAUGGUGUCACUCAGAUUUUUAGCAUGGCAUUUCUUAGGGAUAAAGAUUCAGUCGGAGACUCACGAUUCCAUAGAAGAUGCUCGAGCAGCGCUACAACUCUACAAGAAGUAUAAACAACUAGAAGCCCAUGGAAAAAUUGGAGAAGAACUAGGAAAGCUGUAUGAAGCUGGGAAAACGUUAAAUUGGCGCGUGCCAGAGAGUUAGUUUUUUAGUUAUAAAAUUUGAAAAAUCGACGUUUUUUAUUUGACGGAUCAUUUAUUAGAUGAUUACCGUAGAUGAAUGAUUAGUUAAGUGGUUUUAAAUGUCUUAUUUGUCCAAAUUUUUGUAUGUCAAGUGCGCGCGAUCUCGCUGAUUUAGAAUUGAUUUAAUAAUUCCAUUUGUUGUAUAUUUGUUUUUCACUCGUUUUAAUUAAACUUGAAUUUGUCCACUGAAUGUUAUAUUUAUUUUCAUGUACAGUGUAAUAUUAUCAAAAAUAAUCAAUUCUAAAUUCAUGAAAUGGUGCUAUGCUACACAUUAGACCUGUUGAUGAUUAAAUAAUUUUAUGCGCGAAAUCAUCAAAAUCAAUAUAACACAUUAUGGUACUUAACGAUUUUUACGUGUUUACAUUUACUUAAAAAACUAUAUGAAUUAUUAUGAUUUCAUUAGACAAUAAAUUAUUUUACUUGCAUGAUUGAACAUUAUUCAUUUCGUUACGUUACGUUACGCAUAAUAAAAUCAUUUUGACAUCAAUAGGUGUAGUUAGUAGUGCUAAUGAAUAUGUAACUUGUUUUGUCAAGAGUUGUACAAAAAGCAGAUGUGAUUUUAACAAGAUAAUUAAGCCGGAUCCAACACUAUUUUUGCAAUUACAAAAACGCGAAGAGUUGUCAGAAUGUUAUGUUUCAAGUUUAUGUAAAGCUGCAUUUAUUUUUUUUUAGCAUUUCUUCGGCAACUUUUAUUUAUCACUUUCAUCCGAAUUCAAAAAUUCUGAGACAAGAGGUGUACAUUUAAAUUAUAAAUUAUUUUUGUCUGAAGUAAAUUUUAUACAAAAAUCGACAAUAA